AUGAGAUUUCCUAAUGCCAUCAUCUCCGCGCCGCCCGCGCCACUCUACAACUAUGACGACUAUGUUAAGGUAAAACGGAGAGACACUCAACUGGUGUUCCAGAGGGUCAAGGAACAUCUCUCUAAAGCUACUGAUGAUUUCACACGGUUACAAAAUGCUCGUGCUAAACCUACGAGAAUAGGACCUGGAUCUUUAGUAAUGAUCCUCAACCAGCGACGAGAUGGUCCCAUGUACAAACUGACUGAGAAGUUUCUUGGUCCUUACAGAGUUCUUGAGCAUAUCACAGGUAAUAAGUAUAAGCUGGAAAACCUAGCCACUGGAGAACAAGUACAUGAGCAUCUCAACCACAUGAAAUUAGCCCGUCUGACUGUUGAAGAUGACACCCCGACUCCUGUCCCUGACAAUGUACUGUGUGACCCUACCACUGUGACACCCACUUCGGUCUCAGACAUGCCCAGCGAUACUACCCCACCACAUGUUUUCCGCAGAUGGUCGUACUCGUGGCUGCAACACCUGCGCCACCAGGUGACAGGCGAGGGCCGGAGUGCGGGCGUGCAGGUGGCUGUGGGCGUCGACACACUGGAUUAUGGGUACGAGUAUAUGGGCGUGGCCUCAGCCUCUGUACACACGCCCACGACGCUCAGGGCUCGCCACAGCCUCCUCACCGCCGCCAUCAGGCACAAGUGCGGGGCGGCGGUGGGCGGAGUGGGCGGCGGCAAGACUGAGACCCUGACGAGUCUGGCGCGGGCGGCGGGGCACCACCUGGCCACCCUCACCUGCACCUCUUAUACUCCCGCACAGAGCCUGCAGAGUGUGGUGAGCGGGUGUGUGCAGGGCGGGUACUGGCUGCUGCUUGAGGACGCCCACCGCCUCACACCCUCAGCCCUCUCCCGCCUCGCUCAGUACCUCCACAACGUCCACUACACCAAGGCCCACGCCCUCAAGAGAUGUGUGAUAGAUGGUCAGGAGAUGAAGCUGGUGGACUCCUUCAGUGUCUUUAUGACUGUGACGCAAGAACACAGUCACGCGACGACGUCACCCGACCAGGCUCCGUCACCGUGCUCCUUGCUCAACCACCCAGUCACGCCCCACAUCACCUCGGUGACUGUGUGUCCCCCCACCACCGAGACGCUGCUGGAGGCGGUGCUGCUGGGUCGGGGAUUCGCAGUAUCUUCAGACUACCUGCAGAAGGCUCGGGAGUGCUUCACCCAGCUGGGCUUCCUCCUACCGGGCACGGCCCCGCCGGCCCUCUCCAGGCUUGUGCAGGCGACAGCUCGCGUGUGUUGUGAUAUUCGCAGUGCAGUGAGAGGACCUUCAGGCAUUACCACCGAUGUCGCCAUCUUGCGUCCAAACAGAUUAGGUCAUAGCGGGACGACUAAUGUAACAGGCGCGGAAAUAACACAGUUAAAACCAGUCCCUGGAGGAGAGUCGAAGUCGGGGGCAGACGGUAAGAACCUUAAAGAAACCAUCACUGACACCGCCAAGCCGUCAUCGGCCACCUCAGUACGGCUGCAGCUGCCCAGGUCCUCGCAGCAGUUAACUGAUCAAGAAAUAGUCACCCAAGCCCUUUACGCCGUGCUUACUCCUCUACUCAGUAGCAGAGAGUUAGAAUGGCAUCGAGUUUUUACAAACAUUUUCGACAUUGAAGAAACGGUAGACAAUGAAGGAUCUUCUGAGGAUUCUGAGAUAGAAGAGUCAGUGCGAGAAGUUCUACUAGAAUGGGGCUACGGAAGCCAAGAAUAUUUAGAAUCUAGAGACAAUUUAGAACCAGGAAAAGGUUUGAUUUCUGAUAUUAAUGUUGGUUAUUUUAACAAGGCACAUGCAGAUAAAGGCAAUGGGUGUUAUGAUCAAGUUGAAAUUACGGACGUCGAGGAAAGUAAUGGACCUGGAGAGCAGAAAUCUGGUACUGAUAGAGAACGCAUUGCUAAGCUGAGUAGCCACGGUGCGUCCCUGCUGAAGGCGGCCCUCCACAUGUACUCCAUCCUGGCCAUCCACCACUGCUGCUGCAUCACGGCACCCUCGGGAGCUGGCAAAUCUACCGUCUGGAAGGUACUGGCAGAGUCUCUCAAUAGACUGUGGAGGAAGGAAAGCUGCGAAAGUCCUCAGAGCUCUUGGAGAGUGUCAUGGCGAGUGUUGCAGUGUGGAGCCUUCACCAGGAGCCACUUGCUGGGGUCUUGGCACGACGACGGUCGAGUGUGGAGGAGGGGCGUCCUCUUUACCACUCUAACAGAGGCACAGCAGUGUGCCGGGGAGAGGUGGGUCGUCCUGGUGGGGCCGUUCCUGCCCAGCCUCCAGGCUGCCCUCGCCCCUCUGUGCCAGCCUUCGCCUGUCUUCAAGGACGAGGCUCUCCACCAGGUCUUCCUCGGCCCCCACGUCAGGAUCAUCCUCGAGCUCAACCAUGAGGAGGACCUUACUCCUCAAGUCCGGGCCAGUGGUUCACGAAGGGGUCUACAACAGUCUCUACACAAGGCAGAUUACAUCUAUGGCGAGUCAGUUACUAAUCCUGCUCCACACCCACCCAACUGGACGGCAGCUUCACAUGUACUGUGCCCAGUGCUAGUGUUGAAGAGUGAGGCGAUGGGUGUGGAGGCUGCUGCUGGUGAGGCAGUUCGUCGCCUCGCCCGCAGCAUUCCUCUUCUUCGACGCCCUCAGGAGGCGGCCGAGGCCCGCUCCACCCUCGCCCAGGGCCUACUCAACCUACACCUUCCACCCACCUCUCUGGCUGGAUUUAAGGAGCUCCCGCGCCUGCUGCAAUGA